CCCGCCCCCUUUGGCUGCCUCCCUCAGUCACGGUCUUUCUUCCUCUCCCGAGCGUUGGGUGUGGCUUAUACAUUAGUUAUGAGAUGCAGCCCCUAUUUGCUCAGCUAAUGAUGUAUGCAGGGCUCAGCAGCGGCGUGGUACUGGAGGCAAGUAGGACCAGCUCCAGGGGUAAAUGUAAUUGGAAACCAGGGCUUUCACCGUCAUAGCUCAGCUACUUUCCAUUCAGUCUUAGGUGCUUAAUUGAGGAAUAGAGAGGACUCCGGGGUGCCGUCGCAGCCGCAGUGGGGAGAGCCCUGAGGAUUGCUUUACAAAGAAACUCGGACGGACUACCCGGAGGGAAGAAUUUCGCUACUGACACACUAGGGAAAUUAAGGCUUUCUGGUUAAAAAUAAUAAACAAAAAUUUAAGAAGGAAAGAAAAAGGAAUAAAGUCACCAGCUGCUAGAACCAGAGGGACACUGAUGACUUUGGCUGGCUGAUUUCUUCCAGGCUGGGAUUUUUUUUCCUUGGAUAUUAAAUUGAAGAUUUGAAGAGAUGACAUUUCUGGCAAUCCAAGUGUUGAUUGGGGCAUUUGUUUAUUCUGGCUGUGUAAAAGGAUCUUCACAGCCCCAGGCAAGAGUUUAUUUAACAUUCAAUGAACUGCGGGAAACCAAGACCUCUGAAUAUUACAGUCUUUCCCACAAUCCAUUAGACUACAGGAUAUUAUUAAUGGAUGAAGAUCAGGACCGGAUUUAUGUGGGCAGCAAAGAUCAUAUUCUGUCUUUGAAUAUCAAUAACAUAAGCCAGGACCCUCUGAGUAUUUUCUGGCCAGCAUCUGCAAAUAAAGUUGAAGAGUGCAAAAUGGCUGGCAAAGACCCCACACACGGCUGUGGAAACUUUGUGCGUGUGAUACAGGCUUUCAACCGUACUCAUCUGUAUGUCUGUGGGAGUGGUGCCUUCAGCCCAGUAUGUACAUAUUUGAACAGAGGACGCAGAUCAGAGGAACAAGUCUUCAUGAUUGAUUCUAAGUGUGAAUCUGGAAAAGGGCGCUGUUCUUUCAACCCCAACGUAAACACGGUGUCUGUUAUGAUCAAUGAAGAACUUUUCUCAGGAAUGUACAUCGAUUUUAUGGGUACAGAUGCUGCGAUUUUCCGUAGUUUGACCAAAAGGAAUGCAGUCAGAACAGAUCAACACAAUUCUAAAUGGCUGAGUGAACCUAUGUUUGUAGAUGCACAUGUUAUCCCUGAUGGCACUGAUCCCAAUGAUGCAAAAGUAUACUUUUUCUUCAAAGAAAGACUAACUGACAACAGUGGCACUACCAAGCAGAUUCAUUCCAUGAUUGCUAGAAUAUGUCCUAAUGACACUGGUGGACAGCGUAGCCUUGUUAACAAGUGGACUACUUUCUUAAAGGCAAGAUUAGUAUGCUCAGUGAUGGAUGAAGAUGGCACCGAAACGUAUUUUGAUGAACUAGAGGAUGUAUUUCUACUUGAAACAGAUAAUCCUCGGACAACACUCGUAUAUGGUAUUUUUACAACAUCAAGCUCAGUAUUUAAAGGUUCAGCUGUGUGUGUAUAUCACUUAUCUGAUAUUCAGACUGUGUUUAAUGGACCAUUUGCCCACAAAGAAGGGCCAAACCAUCAGCUGAUUCCAUACCAGGGGAGAAUCCCUUACCCCCGUCCUGGCACUUGUCCAGGAGGAGCCUUUACCCCCAACAUGAGAACAACUAAGGAGUUCCCAGAUGAUGUUGUAACCUUUAUUCGGAAUCAUCCCUUAAUGUACAAUCCCAUCUAUCCAAUCCACAAAAGACCUUUAAUCAUCAGGAUUGGCACAGACUACAAAUACACAAAGAUAGCUGUGGAUCGAGUAAAUGCUGCUGAUGGAAGAUACCAUGUCUUAUUUCUUGGAACUGAUCGUGGCACAGUACAGAAAGUUGUUGUUCUACCUACUAAUAGCACAGCAAGUGGAGAACUCAUUUUGGAAGAACUGGAAGUCUUUAAGAAUAAGGCUCCUAUUACAACAAUGAAAAUUUCAUCUAAAAAGCAACAGCUCUAUGUAAGCUCCAAUGAAGGGGUUUCCCAAGUGUCUCUACAUCGCUGUCACAUCUACGGGACAGCCUGUGCUGACUGCUGCCUGGCAAGAGAUCCUUACUGCGCUUGGGAUGGCAGCUCUUGCUCUAGAUUCUAUCCAACAGGGAAGAGGCGGAGUCGCAGACAAGAUGUGAGACAUGGGAAUCCAAUGACUCAGUGCAGAGGAUUCAAUCUAAAAGCAUAUAGAAAUGCAGCUGAGAUUAUUCAGUAUGGAGUGAAAAAUAACACCACUUUCCUUGAGUGCACUCCCAAGUCUCCGCAGGCAUCUAUCAAAUGGCUGUUACAGAAAGACAAAGACAGAAGGAAAGAGGUCAAACUUAAUGAAAGAAUCAUUUCCACUGAACAAGGACUUCUAAUUCGUUCUGUCCAAGAUUCUGACCAAGGACUCUACCACUGCAUCGCUACAGAAAAUAGCUUCAAGCAAACAAUAGCUAAAAUAAACUUCAAGGUCUUGGAUUCAGAGAUGGUAGCUUUUGUGACUGACAAGUGGUCUCCCUGGACCUGGGCCAGCUCUGUCCGGGCAUUGCAAUUCCACCCAAAGGACUUUGUGGGGGCAUUCAGCCACUCAGAAAUGCAAAUGAUUAAUCAGUAUUGCAAAGACACCAGGCAGCAGAGUGCUUCUCCACAGGGAGAUGAAUCACAAAAGAUGAGAGGGGACUAUGGCAAAUUAAAGGCUCUCAUCAAUAGCCGAAAAAGUAGAAACAGGAGGAAUCAGUUACCUGGGUCAUAAUUCUUUUCCCCAUGUUGGGGCAGCUGAUUUUUAUUUCUGUAUGCUCCCAGUAUGUUGGUUCUUAUGUGUCUUCCCAGAGCAUACUUUGAGCAGAGAAUUUGGUGGAAUACCUGAGAAAAGCUUUUACCCCAAUCUGAAAAAUGCAUUGUAAAUUAACUUAAGCAGGCAUUUUCCUUGUAAAAUUCUGACUAGCACUAGGCAUGGCACAGUGCUCGUGGUGCAUAUAAAUUUUUAACUUAACCCAGAGUCUAAUUUAUGUCUUUAUUUACCUUCCCGUCUGAAACCAUUGUUGCUACCUACAGACCUAUAAACAGAAUACCUUUCAGUUCAGAUCAGGGACAGACACAAUCUCAUGAUCUUAGUCCCCUGCAGUCUGAUAAUAAUUUGCUAAUUAUUUUAUGGUUUUAUAUAUGAAAACAAAUGCCAGGUUUACAACUUUCACUUAUACUUAAAAGUCAUUAAGUACACAGAGCAAAGAAACUUAAAAACAUAUCACAUAGUAGUUUUUUUAAGUUGGUAAAAGAUACAUUGAAAGUUGCAUGAGUAAAUGAAUAGUACAUAAAGAAAAAAUAUUUAUGUGCUUUAAGUGAAACACUGAUUAUUUUUAAAAGGUUCCAAAAAUUGAAUGUUUAGAUUGCUUACUUGACUCUUAGAAAAUUUAUUCCCUAUGGCAUACAUGCUUGCACCAAAGUAUAAAUGCAUCUUCAGUAUCAUAAAGAUCUGUGAUGGGAGCUGUCCAAAGGAAUUGUAAAGAGGUAUAAGAGAAAAGGACAGGAAGGUGGCUUCCUACUUCUCAACUGAACAGCCUGAUUUUUGAGUUCACCUUUUGUUUGUCCAAGACAACAAACAUUUUCCUCAAAAAGGAUGAUGUUGCACAAUUCCCUGAAAUAUUAUUCUGUGUAAUUGGUCCAUGCUGCUCUGAGUGGCAAUUUUAGAAGUAGGUCAUUUUUAUGGUGACAAAGGAUGCCUUUUGAGGGGAAAUGGAAAAAAAAGGAAAUGCUUCUACCAAACAAUUGUGUGGAAAAAUAAGUAAAAUUCUUCAUUCUUGAUAAGAACUGUUGUUUUUUAACACUUUACUGCAUUUUAAAAAUUCAGUCUUUAUCCAUGGUACUAUUUAUAGUUUAUCUAAUAAUUUCUAAAGUUCUGAGCUAAUAAGGUAGUGCAUUAGAUACACUGGUUUUAGAAAUAGCUAUUCAGUAGCUAUACAAUGUUGGAAAAAAAUCCUUAAGCUUCCAGAUUUAUGUUAGAAGCACUUUUUGGGGGGAAUAGCUUAAUGUUUAAGGUUCUACCCAGAAUAGUACUUAGGGAGAAAAGGCUAAAAUGAAAUUUUCUCCUCUAGUCACAUUUAUUGAAAGUUCUUAAGUUUUUCCUUUGUUUCUUUUUUCCCCUCUUUCCUUCCAUUUUUCUCAAACAGAAAUAAUGACCUCAUCAUGGACCUCAUCUAAUGUCUAGGACACUAAGCUUAUUAGUAUGAGUGAUGGUCAAUGGAGAAAGAAGGUUCAAUGGCCCUCCUACCUAAGCACUGCCAUGUUACAACUGUUCAAAGAUUGUAGACAUUUCCAAAUGAAUCUGAUCAUUGAACAGGUUGUAAGCAUAUGCUUUAUUAUUUAAAUUGUCAUAAAUUAUGACACAUUAAUAGGGUGGUCUCAGUUGGACCUACAAAAUAGUAGGUACUCAUGGAACAUGGAAUAUUAGUAAUUAGGUUAUAAAAUUUGUUUAAGACUGAAUUAAUACAAAUUUCAUAUUGUUCCAAAAAAAUCUCCAAAGCUGCUUCAACUAUAGAUAUUUUGACUGUUUAAGAAGAUUUAAGUGUCGAAUUAUUAUUUUUUUUCUCUGUAAGAGUAGUAGAAAUGUGCAUCAGUGUCUAUAGAUAAUAAUAAUAAAAAAAAAACUUCCAUGGAAUCUUCAAGCUCUCUGUACAGAAUUGAAAAUACAAUUGCUUUAUGGUAAAUGUUCAGAGUAAUUAAUGUAUACAAUUUCACUCACAUCCCAUAGACAUAACCUGGUAGGCAAUAUGGAUGUUUAGUUUUGUAAUGUUAUUUGUGCUAUUUAAUACCUUCUCUUUGGGACAUUAUUAAAAUGUAUAUAAUUUUAUUACUUUUUUAAUGAAAUCUUAUUAACUCUGCCAAAUGUAAAGAUUAUGUAUCCCCUCCCCCAAAGAAUCUCUUUAAUGUAAAUUGUAUGUUGGUGGCUCCCUUUAUUUUUAUGUGUAGUUUGUACAGUUUGCUGAUGUAAUAAUAUGUCCUUCACGAUCAUUGGUACUGUAGAUAAAAUGUCCUAGAAAAGCAUUUUUCAAAGUGCAGGUGUGUGUAUAGUUUUUAGCAUGAUGAAACUGUUAUUACGGUGAAUGUUGACUAUAUCUUCAGUAAGAAACAAGUGUAGCUAGCAUAGUAAUAUUUAAUUGAAUACCUAAAAUAUUAUUUGCCUGGUUAAAUAAAGUGUGU